UCCUGCUUUGCAUUACAGGGGCUGCAACUUCAACCAUGGCGUCAAAACCCGACACCGGUGACCUGGACAAGAUUGGUAAAGAUUUCCUAACUUGUGGUCUUUGUCUCGGUUAUUACCAGAAUGCCAAAACACUGCCGUGUUUACAUUCAUUCUGUGAGAAUUGUCUCAUCAAAUUAGUGGAGAAAAGAGGUAUGUUGGUUUGUCCAUAUUGUCGUACUGCUGCUGAUAUCCAAGGAUCAGAUGGGGUGGGACUAUUGCGCAACAACUCGUUAAUUAACGGACUGGUGGAAUUCGUAAAAUCACGUGAUCUAUGUACUGGGAUGACUGACGUAGUGAUUUGUGAUGGAUGUGAGGAAAACACUGCUUCAAAUCGAUGUAUCACUUGCGCCACCAACCUUUGCUCUCCCUGUACAAAGACUCUCACCAAGAUCGCAGCCUGCAAACGCCACAACGUGAUGUCAUUAAACGAGUUAAAAAAUACUACGCCAGAGAAACUGAGUAGUUUUCGACCAUCUACUCGCUGUAACGUUGAUGGCCAUGGUGAAAACACAGUGAAAUUCUACUGCGAUAACUGUGACGUUCCAACGUGUUUAGAAUGUACCGUGGUUAAUCAUAAUGGACACAAACACCGGUAUGUCAAAGAUGUUGCUGCUGAAUUCACUCCCAAGAUGUCAGAGGUUUUAGAGAAGUUAGCGAAGAAAGAAGAUGAGAUUAAGCUUGCUGUGGAAUCGGGAAAUCAGAGAUUGAUUGAAAUACAAGAUCUCUACGAGAAAGAAACCGCGAAAGUGAAGAAACGCGCAGAAGAAAUCAUCAAGAAAAUAAAGACUGACGAGGAGAAGGCCCUGGGAAUAUUGACAAAGAAUCGAGAUACCUUACAGAAACAUUUAGAAUGUGAAAUUGAUCGACUUGAAAUAACGGAAAAGAGCGUUACCAGUGCAAGAAAGUUUAUUAAAACGUUGGUAAAUUAUGGAGAUGCCGGAGAAAUCGUGUCUGAAUGUAAGAGAUCCAUGAAUAGGGCAGAGGGUUUGAUUGACACUGACAAUAUUAAUUUGGGAUGUAUUAGUAUUUUUAGAUUUUUCCCAAAAUCAACUGUACUUGAGAUGAAAAACAGCAUAGGACUUAUCGGACCUGAUGCUUCUAAAACAACUAGAACAAAUAUACCUAAGAUACUCUAUGACGGUGAAUCAUUUCAAGUUGACGUACAAACAGUGGAUGUAAAUGGUGAACGUGUUGUAGCUGACACUGAUGACAUCACCGUAAAAGCUAAAAUAGAGAAACCCGACAAUACAACAUGUGACCUAAUGACAACUAACGAUGGUGAUGGAAACUACAAAGUGAUGUUUCCAGGGCAACAAGUCGCAAAAUAUAAUCUGAUAAUCAGUAUUGGUGAUGAAAAAAUACCCGGAUCUCCUUUUAUAAUUGACGUCAUGUCCGAAGAAGAGAUGGCACAGAAAAUAAAAGUUGGGUCAAUUGUUGCGAGAGGAAAGGAUUGGAACAGGGAAAACAUAGACGGUAAUCCACCUCGUGAAGGAAGGGUUACUGAAAUUUAUAAAAUUACACAGUGUCUUGUGCAGUGGAGUAGUGGUAAUCAAUGGUGGCACUAUAAUGGAUAUAAUGGACAAUUCCAGAUAAAGUUAUCUGAAUUUUACUGAUUAGUUGCAUCAUAAAUGAACUGUGUUUGUUAUAUACUCUUAGACUACCAAUACUGGACGUGUAUUGUUCUUUUAUUACAUAGAAUCCAAUUCCUACAAAUAUAUCAACGUCCAAAUAAAAUAAAAUGAAAUAAUUUCCACCAA